AAAAAAGGGAGGCUGUGCAACUAAUGGUUUUUGUCAGCGGGUGUUCUGCAGGCGUCUUUCUCAUGACUGCUGUUGGUUCAGUGGAGAGGUACUACGUCGGGGUGGACGUGGGUACUGCCAGUGUGAGGGCAGCUCUGGUCACCAGGGAUGGUCAGGUUAAGGACACGGCAGAGGAACCAAUCAGCAUCUGGGAGCCCCUCUCAGGUCAUUAUGUUCAGUCAUCCACGGAGAUCUGGGCUAGGUGUUGCAACACUGUCAAAAGAGUGACUCAGGGAGUCCGGAGAAGCCAGGUCAGAGGGAUUGGUUUUGAUGCCACCUGCUCUCUUGUGGUCCUGGACCAUAACUUCCAGCCUGUGGCCGUCAACCAAGAUGGUGAGCAGGAAAGGAAUGUGGUGAUGUGGAUGGACCAUCGCUCUGCAGAGCAGGCAGCUCGCAUAACCGGCUAUGGCCACAGGGUCCUGAGGAGGGUGGGAGGGGUCAUGUCACCAGAGAUGCAACCCCCGAAGCUGCUUUGGCUCAAAGAGAAUCUGAGAGAGAGCUGCUGGAAGGAUGCAGCGCACUUCUUCGACCUUCCCGACUUCUUAUCUUGGAAGGCUACAGGAUCUUUGACUAGGUCCUUAUGCACUCUGGUGUGUAAGUGGACUUACUGCCCCUCAGACGGAUGGGAUUCCAGUUUCUGGACAGACAUCGGCCUGGAGGACCUGCUGGAAAACAACCAUUCCAAAAUAGGCAGCCUGACCUGCUGUCCAGGGAGCCAUGUGGGGGAGGGCCUCACCCAGGAGGCUGCAGCUGGUCUGGGGCUGGACAGGGGCACUGCCGUGGGGGCCUCCCUCAUAGAUGCCCAUGCUGGAGGCUUAGGCGUGAUUGGUGCAGAUGUACGAGGCUUCCGUCUGCCAUGUGAGGACCAGCCAAUCACAUCGCGCAUGGCUGUGAUCUGUGGAACGUCGUCCUGCCACAUGGCGAUCAGCCAGCAGCCUUUGUUUGUCCCUGGGGUUUGGGGACCCUACCUGUCGGCAAUGGUGCCCAAACUGUGGCUUAAUGAGGGAGGCCAGAGUGCCACAGGACGACUGAUUGAUCAUGUAGUGAAGGGCCAUGUGGCCUACACCCAGCUAAAGGAGGAGGCAAAAAAAAGGGGGGAGAAUGUUUAUGCCUACCUGAACUCACACCUGGGCUCCAUGGCCAAGGACCAGUCCUCAGUGGACCUGCUGGCCUCCAGCCUGCAUGUGUGGCCAGACUUUCAUGGGAACAGGUCGCCCCUGGCAGACCCUACUCUGAGGGGCGCGGUGGUGGGGCUGUCACUCUCCCAAACCCUGGGUGACCUAGCCUUGCUGUAUCUUGCUACUGUACAAGCCAUUGCUCUUGGCACCAGACAUGUCCUUGAGGCCAUGAGGAAGGCAGGACAUGACAUCACAACCCUUUUCCUGUGUGGGGGGUUGAGUAAGAACCCUCUUUUUGUGCAGAUUCAUGCCAAUGCUACAGGUUUGCCGGUGGUCCUUCCAGCCCAGACUGAAGCAGUUCUUGUGGGGGCAGCAAUCCUAGGAGCCUGUGCCUCACAAGAUUACAGUUCUAUACAAGAGGCCAUGGAAAAUAUGGCUAAAGUGGGGAAAGUUGUCCAGCCCUCCAGGGAGCUCCAGAGCUUCUACCAGAGGAAGAUGAAGGUGUUCCUGCGUCUCUUCGCCCACCAGAGGGAGUACACAGCCCUCAUGAUGGAGUGAUUACGCUGCCCCAUGGCCACCACAGAUCCUCUUCACAGAGCAGACUGCACCUGGCACCAGUGCUGGUACCUCAUGGCAGUACAUACACAUUGGGAGCACACAAUUUGCUCCCCUAAGAUAUGACUUCAACAUCAUCUGUGUGGAAGUGGAUGUGAGCAAAAAUUAUUCCACACCGAAAGACAGCCUUGAAAACAUUAAGAUGGUAGCUGAUGUAGACAGAAUAUUCUUGUAAACAGGUAUUACUAUGCAUUGUUAUAUGGUUACCAUUACUGGAUAACCAUUCAUUACACUCAUGGAAGAUGAUGACUUAAGACAGCAUUUCAUAGUUUUGUCUGAAUGCUUAGUUAUGACAAAUUGUGUUUGACAAUACAUCUCUGAAUCUGGGUCCUAAACGUGUGGAAGCCUUUCUCUUACCUUCCAAGUUUAGUAAUGAAUCUCACCACUCGUUCCCUAACCCUAUUUCUCUCUCCUGUCAUCUGUCCUCUUAUCUGUCGAUCGCGCCCCCCGCCCCAGUCUCCAAUCACGUCAGCCACCAAGGAAUGUUUGUUCCCCGAGUUGUACGGGAUCAAAGGCGGUAAUCUCUUGUUGGUGUUGUCCCGGUGAGAGAAAUGCCAAAUCCCACACAGCUGAGUUAACAGCCAACUUCAAACGACGGACCAAUUGAUAUGCAGCGCUUUGUGAUGACCUUUACCAGGUGUUACAGUGACCAGGCUUCCUACACAUUGAUGGAGGCCUGUAUUAACAUCCAGAACCUCCACUACAAACUCUCUAUUCAGAUAGUCAAUACUGGCACACUAAUAAAUAGCCAAACGCUCCAUGACAUUUAAGUUUUAUUUUAUUGAUGUUCAGCUUUUCAUGAGGCAACAAACUUGUGAAAAAGCCUCUGAGUUCAUAUCACACAUAAUCCGUUUGUAAUUUCUCAAGUGUUUUGAAGUGGUUUGUCUGUUUAAAUACCAGGGGUAAUCAUGGCAUGCCUACCUGACUUCAUGACACAGGAACUUUGACAUCACCAUCUGUGAUUAAUACUCUCAAAUACAUUGUAAGGAGCAAUCACUUCUUUAUCUGUAAUGAUGGUCCCGUCAGUGACAGUGAGAGGUUUGGGUGCCCCUCAUGGCUGGGGUGUGUAGCGCAGGUAUUUCUUCCCUGAGGGCAGGUCUUUCUUGUACACCCCGUCAGGAAAGAGAGAGGCAGCCUCGUCCUCUGGGAUGUUGGGCAGAACCAUCACACGAUCUCCAGGCUUUACAGGAGGGUUGGCACAAGAGGUAGAGUCGACAAGGUUUGACGUGAGAAUGAACCCUGGUUGAUAAUGUUCACUGUUGACAUUGCAACUUUUAACAAGUACAGGUAGAAUUAGAAUACUUUUGGUCUUGCUCCUCUUGACAAUCCCUAGCAGCCUAUAUAAAUCUAUAAUAAAAUAUUCAAACCUAUAAUAAAUACUGUAAGGUCUAACCUAUACGUGUGACCAGGAAUUUGUGUAUACAGUACAUGUCACUCGUUUGGAGUUGCAGUAUCUGUUAUUGUUUUGAUGAUUACGGUGAAAGACAUUAGUUACUAUAGUUUCACCUUCCAGUCUGCAGGCGUGGCUACCCGUUUCUGUGCAGUAAGCUGCAGGGAGUCAAUCACUCUCAGAAUCUCAUCAAAGUUGCGUCCAGUUGUCGCUGGGUAAAGUAGGGAGAGCUUCAGUUUCUUGUCUGGACCAAUGAUAAACACCUGAAAAGCACAGGCCAAAUACCCCAAAAUUAGACCUGAUGAAUAUAGCCUACUGUAUGUGAGUUUGACUGGUAACUCAUAAUUAACAUCCACAUUGAGAUUUAGGGCUGUUUUGGUGUCUGAGAAAGAUGGCAGACAGAGAGAAAGACGGGAGACUCACACAGCGGGCUGUGAGGGGCAUGCCAUCCUUGUCCUUCUCAUCAGGGUCCAGCAUGCCUAGAGACACUGCCAGCUCCCUCUGACUGUCAGCUAUGAUAGGGAAGGGGAGGACACAGCCAGGCUCUUCGUUGUUAUAAGCCAGGAUGUCCUUAAAAGCCAUAGAGUUUCCAUUACUGAGACAAGUGUUGAAGAUUGCUGGAUUAUUUUGCUGCAGGGUCCAACCACAAUUAACACAAAUGACAAAAUAGUGUUUGCAGGGCCUCAGUUAACAAGCAAGUUAUGUCAUCAUGUAGAUCUAACCAUUCAGACUUGCAAUUUAUUCAUAACAAGAAAAUGAAUGAUCAAAAAUAAUUGCCAUUGGCUAGAUCUAGGGUAACUCUCGAGCUAUUUUUAAUUGGUCAUGGGUCUUGACAGAAAUGGAUUUUGGACAGCUUUUAUAUUAUGUAGUCAUAACAGGGUUACAGUUGAUACCUUGCUCCAGCCACAGUGGUCCUCCACAUUGUCGAUUGACAGGGCAAUCAUCUUGACGUUGCGCUUGGUAAACUCACUACUGAGCUUGGCAGCUCGACCCAGCUCUGUGGUGCACACUGGGGUGUAGUCACGGGGGUGGGAGAACAGAAUUCCCCAGCUAGGCAGAGAGAGAUGAAAGAGAGUAUGAGGGAGAUUAGCAGGCGCUUGGAGAGGAAUGUCAGCAUCUCUCCCAGUGGCUCCUGUGUGUCUGUUAUAA